UUUGAGAUGAAAAAGAUGAACACAGACGUGAAGGCAGGGAUGUCUCCACUCCUCCCUUGGUUGCUGUUUUUGCUGGUGGGCUGUUCAGGAUCCCAGCGCCACGCCUGCCGCUGCACAGGCAGGGUCUUCAUUUGCCAGGAGAGCAAGGUUGUCCAGGUCCCCCAGGGAAUCCCCACCAACACCACUGAACUGAGAUUUGUCCUCACCAAGGUGAGAGUCAUUCCCAAAGGAGCUUUCGCGGGACUUGGUGACCUGGAGAAAAUAGAGAUCUCACAGAACGAUGCCUUGGAGGUCAUAGAAGCGAACGUGUUUUCCGGCCUUCCCAAACUGCAUGAAAUAAGAAUUGAGAAGGCCAACAACCUCGUGUACAUUGAUCGAGAUGCCUUCCAGCAUCUUCCGAGCCUCAGAUAUUUAGUAAUAUCAAACACUGGCCUGCGCUUUUUACCUGCUCUCCAGCAGGUGCACUCCUUCCAGAAAGUUUUGCUAGAUAUUCAAGACAAUAUCAACAUAUGCACCAUUGAACGAAAUUCCUUCAUGGGCCUGAGUGCUGAAAGUGUGAUUCUGUGGCUGAAUAAAAACGGGAUUCGGGAAAUUGAGAACCAUGCCUUUAAUGGAACCUACCUGGAUGAGCUAAAUCUAAGUGAUAAUCACAACCUGGAAAAAUUACCCGACGAGGUCUUCCACGGAGCCAAUGGACCUGCGGUGCUGGACAUUUCAAGGACAAGGAUUGGUCUUCUGCCGAGUCACGGAUUGGAACUUAUCAGGAGGCUAAGAGCGAGGUCUACAUCCAAUUUAAAGAAGCUUCCCGACCUAAGCAAAUUUAGAUCUUUGAUCGAGGCCAACCUCACCUAUCCCAGCCACUGCUGUGCGUUCGCAAACUGGAAAAGGCAAAACUCCGAGGUGCAUCCCAUAUGUAGCAUAUCGCAGGUGAGGCGAGACCUCAGCGAGCAGCCUGGGAAUAAGCUGCACAGACAGGUUGUAGCCAAGGAUGACCUCUCCAACUACAGCCCGGGAUCUGACCCGGCGGAGAACGAUUUGGACUAUGGCUUAUGUGGCGAGGUAGUCAAUGUGGCUUGCUCGCCCAAGCCAGACGCUUUCAAUCCCUGCGAGGACAUCAUGGGGUACACCAUCCUGAGAGUCCUGAUAUGGUUUAUCAGCAUUUUAGCUGUCACGGGGAACGUCAUUGUCCUCAUUGUUAUAAUUGGCAGCCAGUUCAAACUCACCGUGCCUCGCUUCCUGAUGUGCAACCUAGCUCUGGCAGACCUCUGCAUAGGCAUCUACCUGUUGUUCAUUGCCUCUGUUGACAUCCAGACCAGGGGUCAGUAUUACAACUACGCCAUAGAGUGGCAAACUGGGGCAGGGUGCAAUGUGGCAGGGUUUUUCACGGUGUUUGCGAGCGAGCUCUCCGUCUACACCCUGACCGCAAUCACCCUGGAGAGGUGGCACACCAUCACCUACGCCAUGCGGCUGGACCGCAAGGUCCGCCUCCGGCACGCCACCCUUGUCAUGGGCGUUGGCUGGGGGUUGGCGUUUGCGGCAGCACUUUUGCCCAUCCUUGGAGUCAGCAGCUAUGCCAAGGUCAGCAUCUGUUUGCCCAUGGACAUAGAGACGCCGUUCGCUCAGACUUACGUGCUCUUUCUGCUGGUGCUCAACGUGCUGGCCUUUGUGACCAUCUGCGCCUGCUACCUCUGCAUCUACCUCACCGUGAGAAACCCCGACGUGGUCGCCUCCAACAGUGACACCAAGAUCGCCAAGCGCAUGGCUGUGCUCAUCUUCACGGAUUUCCUCUGCAUGGCUCCCAUCUCUUUCUUUGCGAUAUCAGCCUCAUUGAGGGUGCCUCUCAUCACGGUGUCCAAAUCCAAGAUCCUGCUGGUUCUCUUCUACCCCAUCAAUUCCUGCGCUAACCCUUUCCUCUAUGCCAUCUUCACCAAGACUUUCCGCAGGGACUUCUUCAUCCUGCUGAGCAGGUUUGGUUGCUGUGAAAGGCAGGCCCAGAGGUACAGAACAGAGACCUCCUCAUCCGCUCACCAUUUCCACACGAGAAACGGCCACGGCCCUCCCGCCCCCAAAAUCAGCGAGGGUGCUAUGUAUGCCUUGGUUCCUUUGAAUCACCUGACCUGA